AUGAGUGCAGCAGAUGUGCGCCUUGCUUUUACCCCUUUAUUCAGCACGAUUCAUUCCAUCUUUAGUCAAUUAAUUUUCAUUCUUUUUGGUAUUCCUAAAUUUCUCUGUCUCUACCUCUCUCUCUCUCCCUCUAUACUUCUCUCUUUCUUAAACUCUCUCUCUCCCUCUUUACUUCUCUCUUUCUCAAGCUCUCUCUCUCUCCCUCUUUACUUCUCUCUUUUUCAACCUCUCUCUCCCUCUCUACUCUCUUUCUCAACCUCACUCUCUCCCUCUUUACUUCUCUCUUUUUCAACCUCUCUCUCCCUCUCUACUCUCUUUCUCAACUUCACUCUCUCCCUCUUUACUUCAUUCUUUCUCAAACUCUCUCUCCCCUCUCUACUUCUGUCUUUCUCAACCUCUCUCUCUCCCUCUCUACUCUCUUUCUCAAGCUCACUCUCUCUCUCUCUACUUCUCUCUUUCUCAACCUCUCUCUCUCCCUCUCUGAUCUCUUUCUCAACCUCUCUCUCUCUUUUUACUUCUCUCUUUCUCAACCUCUCUCUCCCUCUCUGCUCUCUUUCUCAACCUCUCUCUCUUUUUACUUCUCUCUUUCUCAACCUCUCUCUCUCCCUCUCUACUUUUCUCUUUCUCAACCUCUCUCUUAUGGCCAUAUCACGUUGA